UGCCAAAACUAGCUCGCGAAACACCAAAUCGUAGUCUCUCUCUCUCUUUCUUUCUCUUUAUCCACGCCAACCCCGAUUUAUAUGGAUAGUGUUCUCCUCUCUUCUUACACAUAAUCCUAAAUCCUCUUCAUCUCAACUUGUUCCUUGUCUUCUGUCUCUGCCGCCAAACCCAACGCCUCCUACGAACACCACCAACAACCUCUUCAAGACUUCCACACAACCCCCAAAACUCGUUCAUGUAAUCCGGAUCCUCCGAUCCAAACCCGCUUCCCUGAUCCGAUCCGACUCCACCAUGACGCGGCGGUGCUCGCAUUGCAGCCACAAUGGCCACAACUCCCGCACGUGCCCCAACCGCGGCGUCAAGCUCUUCGGCGUGCGACUCACCGACGGCGGCAUCAGGAAGAGUGCUAGCAUGGGAAAUCUGACCCACUAUGCCGGGUCGGGUUCGGGUCUGCUCCAUAACAACCCGGACUCUCCAGGCGAGGCUGCUGAUCACUCUGCUGCAGCUGACGGUUAUGCUUCCGAGGACUUCGUGCCCGGAUCGUCUUCUAGCUGCCGGGAACGUAAAAAAGGCACCCCAUGGACAGAGGAGGAGCAUAGGAUGUUUUUGCUUGGACUACAGAAACUUGGUAAAGGCGAUUGGCGUGGAAUCGCUCGCAAUUAUGUUAUUUCGAGAACGCCUACACAAGUGGCUAGCCAUGCUCAGAAAUAUUUCAUUAGGCAAUCUAAUGUAUCAAGGAGAAAAAGACGAUCUAGCCUGUUUGAUAUCGUAGCAGAUGAUUCAGUUGACACUCCAAUGGAACAACUGGAUUUAUUACCUGAAAACCAUCUAGAAGAUGAAACUGAAAACAACCACCCAUUGCCUGCUCCUCCAGCUUUGGAUGAAGAAUGCGAAUCAAUGGCAUCUACGAACUCAGAUGGAGAACCUUCCCCUCCAAAGCCUGAUAACUCACAGUCAUGUUAUCCAGUGAUGUAUCCUGCUUAUUUCUCACCUUUUCCGUUUCCUUUUCCAAUGUGGCCUGGAUACAGUACUGAGCCACCUAAGGUGGAUACACAUGAGAUACUUAAGCCAACAGCGGUACAUUCAAAGAGCCCUAUUAAUGUGGAUGAGCUAGUAGGCAUGUCGAAUCUGAGUUUAGGAGAGCCUAAAGGUCAAGCCGGUCCCUCCUCGCUUUCACUAAAUCUUGUUGAAGGUUCCUCUAGGCAAUCGGCUUUCCAUGCAAAUCCAAGUUCUGGCAGUUCGAAUAUGAAAUCAGGUGGUAGUCCAAUUCAUGCGCUUUAGUGAUUAGCCUUCUUGGCUUGGAAUUUCACAGGUUAUGGUUGUUAAUACAAGAUUAGUCAUGUGUAGUAUGGUUUGGGUGUGAGUUGUUGGAUCACUUCAAUAAGGGGGUUUUAAACUUUAAUCUAUAGUUGUUAUAGUAUUUAGGUUGUAUCAAACUACCAAUUAUUUAAAUCUUUUGACAUUUUGUGUUGCCUCCAACUCAAGUGGUUGUUCUUCCCUUAGCGUUAGUCAUGUAGACAAUAUAAAUUAAGGAAGGAACACCUCUGCACCUGUAGAAUGGUAACUGUAAUAUGAAUAUGUUUGAUUAUCUAC